CCCUCCCUCCCUCCCUCCCCCUCUCUCUCUCGACAUCCUCCUCCGAUUAUCCCUUGGGGAUUCGCGUCUUCCCGAACCUUCCGCGGCGACCGCCCGUCCAUCCGUUCGUUCCCCCAGCUCUCAUCGGAUCGCUGCCACUCUCCGCGCCGGACAUGGUGGCUCGGCCCAGAUCCGGGCGUCUCUCUGCCGCGGUUGCGCCUCGCGUCCUUCUCCCGUCGGCUUGCUCGUCCCCUCUGGACUGGUGCGUCUGGACACGAAUCUAUUUCCUCUUAUGUUGAUGAGGAAGCCCUAGCUUGCCUGGAUGGAUCGUUCGCUUUCAUCUGCAGAACUCUAUUCUUUUGUGUGAGAGUUUAAUUUCCAAAAUUGUUAGGGGAUCAACUGAACCCCCAUGCCCCCCCCCCCCCCAACCACCACCUGGCAGCUAGCUUUUCCUGUAGAAGUAAAACUAAGUAUCGAAGCGUUGCGCUCGAGGUUCGGCAGUCUGAUGAUUGUUGGUAUUAUGCUGCCGACGAAAAAAUUGUAUUUUUUCUUCCUUUUUGGACUGCAGGCCUGCAGCUGUUUCCUUUUUCUGUCAAUUCACCAUCUGUGUAUCUAUAGCUCAAUGCUUGUUUUCUACUUGGCGGUGGCAAAAAAUCAAUUGGCAAGGCAACAGCCCUGGGUGUAGUGAGCUGAUUGCAUUUAGAAUCGAUUGAUUUGGCUUCAAUGCUCUCCACAUGAGCUCACAAGUCUCCACAUCAAGGGGUCUGCAUCCCCCGAGCAAGCUUGGGACAUUCGAGUCCCCUCACACCUGGCCGCUUUCUGCACCUACUAGCCAGCCUGAAGUAGGUCGUGGUGACAACCAGGAGGUCAGGCUGUUGUCGGUUUCUUGGAAUCAGGAUUGUGGUUGCUUUGCUGCCGGUACCAGCACCGGCUUCAGGAUCUUCAAUUGCGACCCUUAUAAGGAGACUUUCAGGAGGGAUCUCAAGAAUGGCGGGUUUGGGAUUGUUGAGAUGCUGUUCCGUUGCAACAUCCUUGCCCUUGUAGGCGGUGGCUCCAAUGUGCAGUAUCCGCCAAACAAGGUGAUGAUCUGGGAUGAUCACCAGAGCCGUUGCAUUGGAUUCGCCUUUCGCUCUGAUGUUCGGGCUGUAAAGUUGGGAAAGGACUACAUUGUAAUUGUUCUUGAGCGGAAGAUAUAUGUUUACAACUUCACGGAUUUGAAGCUGCUCCACCAGAUUGACACCCUGUCAAAUCCCAAAGGAUUGUGCUGCCUCUCCCAUCAUUCCAAUACUUCAGUGUUGGCCUGCCCUAGGGUGCACCAGGGGCAUGUUCAUGUAGAGCAUUUUGGGCUGAAGGUGACAAAGAUGAUUACGGCUCAUGAUUCACACAUUUCUUGCAUGGCCUUAACUAUGGAUGGUCUCCUACUGGCAACAACAAGCAUGAAGGGCACUUUGAUCAGAAUUUUUAACACAAUGGAUGGCACCCGCUUGCAAGAGGUACGUAGAGGGCUUGACAAAGUAGAAAUAUAUAGCAUUGCGCUAUCGCCCAAUGUGCAGUGGUUGGCUGUGUCCAAUGACAAAGGAAUUGUUCAUAUUUUCUCUCUGAGAGUCAGAGUUGCUAGGGAGGAUGCAAGCAAUGAGCAACGCACUCUUGAAGGUCCACGAAUGGAUCACCAGAACUCUUCCAGUUCUAUUAACCCUCUUAUUCAAACGAGCACUGGAUCCAAUGCGAGUUCAUCGUUGUCUUUCAUGAGGGGGAUUCUGCCAAAGUAUUUCAGUUCAGAGUGGUCAUUUGCUCAGUUCCAUUUACCAGAAGUGACACGCUACAUAGUAGCCUUUGGCGCUCAGAACACUGUAAUGAUGGUUGGCCUGGAUGGCAGCUUCUACAGGUGCAGCUUCGACCAAGUCAAUGGAGGGCAGAUGUUACAGAAGGAAUACUUCUGGUUUCUGUAGGCCGACAACAGAGCACCCUUCCGGACUUCAUCCACCUGAAUUGCAUGAAGAUCAUAUCACCCUGUAAAUAUGGAAGGUUGUGCUCAGUCCAUUGUACAUAUCAUCUUCUCGCUGGCUAAGUUAUAGGCAGCCGGAAUAAGGAGAGCUGACUGUUGGACCACAACCUACUUUGUUACCUGUUCCGGAGCAGUUGUCCUCCCAUCCUAAUUGCAAUCAUCAUUUGAUAACUUUUUAUUUCUAAGAACAAGAACACCCUCAACAUAUUCAUAAACAAAAUCUCAAGGAUGAAUAUAAAAAUCUGACCUGAGACUUGCUA